AUGGCAUCUCUAGUAGAAUUGGCAAAUCGUGUCCAGAUCGCAGCCGAAGACGUCUCGUCAGGCAAGACGAGGGAUAAUCUGGCGCUGCUGAGAGGGAUUCGAAACUUGAACCGUGUUGCGGAAUCGCCUACGGAUCGAUUGAGGCGGGUUCUUUAUCAGACGGUGCAAAAUGCUGUCGUGCGUCUAGCUGUUGAGAUUAAGUUGCCGCACUCUCUGGCUGCAGCGAAGGAAAUGAGUGCCACGGAGCUCGCACUAGGAUCCGAGGCGGAUAGGGUGCUGGUCGUUCGAUUGAUGCGGGUCUUGGUUGCCAUGGACAUUGUUGAUGAAGUGGGAGAAGAGCAAUACAGGUCGAAUGCAACAACCGAAGCCCUCGCUUCCCCUACAUGGACCGGAGGCACCAGAUUCCUGCACGACACGCUGGUCCCCAGCUUCGCCACACUCGUCGACUACUGGCACCAAGCCGGCUUCUGCCCGAAUGAGGGCACGAUCUUCGAGUUCGCCUUCAAGCAGGACUUCUGGACCUGGCAUCGCGAACGGCCGUCUGCCCACAACGACUUCCUCGUCUACAUGCGUGGCCGCAAAGACGGGAGCCCGCACUGGCUCGACUACUUCCCUGUCGCGUCCCAGAUCGCUCAUUUGAGCCCCGAACCGGAUGCCGUGACGCUCGUCGAUGUCGGGGGGAACCUGGGCCACGACGUGAAGCUCUUCCAGCAGCGGUGGCCCGACAUCCCAGGCCGCUUGGUGCUGAUGGACUUGCCGGAGGUGGUAGCCGGCAACACAAACGUCCUUGAGGGGAUUGAGAAGGUGGCGUAUGAUUUCUUUCAACCGCAGACAAUCAUCGGCGCCAAAUUCUACCUCUUCCGCGCCAUCUGCCACGACUGGCCCGACAGAGACUGCAUCACCUUCCUCCGCAACACCGUGGCGGCCAUGACGCCCGGCUACUCGCACCUCCUGAUCAACGAGCAGGUCCUCCCCAACACCGGUGCGGACCUGCACCCGGCGCUGCUGGACAUAACCAUGAUAGCCUACUUCCGCGCCAUGGAGCGCACCGAGCGGCAGUGGCGCUCGCUGCUCGCGGCCGUGGGCGACGUCGCCAUCGUCGCCAUCUGGAGGCUCAAGCACGCUGGCGGGGGCACCGAGGCGGUCAUUGAUUGCGUGCGGAGGUGA